AUGACAACGUACGAGGAAUUUAUUCAACAAAACGAAGACCGCGAUGGUAUUCGCUUUACGUGGAACGUUUGGCCUUCGAGCCGUAUUGAUUCCACGCGUCUGGUUGUACCGCUCGGGUGUCUCUACCAACCGCUGAAAGAACGUCCGGAUCUGCCACCGAUUCUAUACGACCCGGUCGUCUGUACGCGCACAACUUGUCGUGCUAUAUUGAACCCGCUCUGCCAGGUGGAUUACAGGGCGAAGUUGUGGGUGUGCAACUUUUGUUUCCAGCGCAAUCCGUUCCCGCCACAGUAUGCGGCCAUCUCGGAGCAGCACCAACCGGCCGAGCUAAUCGCGGGCUUCAGCACGAUCGAGUACACGAUCACGCGUGCACCGUGUAUGCCACCGGUGUUUCUGUUCGUCGUUGAUACCUGCAUGGACGAAGAGGAGCUGACGGCAUUGAAGGACUCGCUGCAGAUGUCACUUAGUUUGCUUCCCGCAAAUGCGCUCGUUGGUUUGAUUACCUUCGGCAAAAUGGUGCAAGUGCACGAGCUCGGCACGGAGGGUUGCUCGAAAAGUUAUGUGUUCCGCGGUACGAAAGAUCUGAAUGCGAAGCAAAUCCAGGAUAUGUUGGGAAUCGGUCGUGUUCCCGGUCCCCAGCAACCGGGACAGCAGCACCAGCAGCAAGCGAUGCGGGGCGCAGCAGCACCAGUUCCGCCGGCCAACCGAUUCCUCCAACCUCUGCACAAGUGUGACAUGGCAUUGACCGAUCUGCUUGGCGAACUGCAGCGUGAUCCGUGGCCGGUACCUCAAGGCAAACGGUACCUCCGUUCGACGGGAGCUGCACUCUCGAUUGCAGUGGGUCUGUUGGAGUGUACGUACCCGAACACGGGUGGCCGUAUUAUGCUGUUCGUCGGUGGACCUUGCUCCCAAGGGCCGGGUCAGGUGGUGGAUGAUGAGCUAAAGCACCCGAUCCGUUCGCAUCAUGAUAUUCAGAAGGACAAUGCGAAGUUUAUGAAGAAAGCGAUCAAACACUACGAAGCACUAGCAUUGCGCACGGCUACUAAUGGCCACUGCAUUGACAUUUAUUCCUGUGCACUCGAUCAGACGGGUUUGAUGGAGAUGAAGCAGUGUUGCAAUUCUACCGGUGGUCAUAUGGUGAUGGGAGAUUCGUUCAAUUCCUCGCUGUUUAAGCAAACUUAUCAGCGAGUGUUUGCCGCGGAUCAGAAAGCGGAACUCAAGAUGGCGUUUAACGGCACGCUGGAGAUCAAAUGUUCACGCGAGCUGAAAAUCGAGGGUGGUAUUGGAUCGUGUGUAUCAUUGAACGUGAAAAAUGCGUCCGUCUCGGACACCGAAAUCGGCAUGGGCAAUACGGUACAAUGGAAACUGUGCACCAUGACCCCCAACACGACCAUGGCCUUUUUCUUCGAGGUGGCCAACCAACAUGCGGCUCCGAUACCACAAGGUGGUCGAGGUUGUCUGCAGUUCAUUACACAGUAUCAACAUUCCAGCGGGCAGCGACGCAUUCGUGUGACGACCGUCGCGCGCAGCUGGGCAGACGCAACUGCUAAUUUGCAUAUGAUCAGCGCCGGAUUCGAUCAGGAAGCGGCCGCCGUUUUAAUGUCCCGCAUGGUCGUGUAUCGGGCGGAAUCGGAUGAUGGCCCAGAUACGCUCCGUUGGAUCGAUCGUCAAUUGAUCCGGCUGUGCCAGAAGUUCGGCGAAUACGGCAAGGAUGAUCCGAACAGCUUUAGGUUGGCAGAAAACUUUUCGCUCUUCCCACAGUUCAUGUACCAUCUGCGUCGGUCGCAGUUCCUGCAGGUGUUCAACAACAGCCCAGAUGAAACAACCUUCUAUCGGCAUAUGCUGAUGCGCGAGGAUCUCACUCAGUCGUUGAUCAUGAUCCAACCGAUACUUUACUCGUACUCGUUCAAUGGGCCACCGGAACCGGUGCUGCUCGAUACGUCCUCCAUCCAGCCUGAUCGGAUAUUGCUGAUGGACACGUUCUUCCAGAUACUUAUCUUCCAUGGUGAGACGAUCGCGCAGUGGCGCAAAGAUAAGUACCAGGACAUGCCGGAGUACGAGAACUUCAAGCAGUUGUUGCAGGCGCCCGUAGAUGAUGCGCAAGAGAUUUUGCAGACACGCUUCCCGAUGCCGCGAUACAUCGAUACGGAGCAGGGUGGAUCCCAAGCUCGGUUCCUCCUGUCGAAGGUUAAUCCUUCCCAAACCCACAACAAUAUGUACGCGUACGGCCAGGUAAGUGUCGACGGUGGUGCCCCCGUGCUUACAGACGACGUUUCGCUACAAGUGUUCAUGGAGCAUCUGAAGAAAUUGGCUGUUUCGUCCACAACCUAA